AUGCUGAAAGCUACGAGAAUCAGAUGUGUUAAUACUAUUCGCUUCAGUUCCAAACUCCAUAAAGGCAAAUUUGAUGAUGUUGAUAUUGAUUUACAGCCUCAGUCAACGUCGCAGCGAUCUUUUGGCGUUGUUCUCGAAGAAAAUGAUGAUACUGCUAAUGUCAUUGAUCGUACUGAGUUGAUGUCCCAGCAGUUGCAAUCGCCUUAUAGACGUAAAUCGGGUGCUCCUCUACACGGUAGGAAUGCUCAUGAAGCGAGGCUGCUUCCAGAGACUUUACAAGCCAGAACAUUCAGAGAUCAAAUCGAUUUGAAUCCCAUAGUCAAACAAGCGAUCUCAAACAAUAUACUGUCUCUGCAGAUACCCAGUAAUGUUAGAAGAUCAGCUGCCAACUAUUUUGUGGACUUGUACCGUCGGAAGCUGCAUAAACCCGCCAAGACGGAGAUGGAAGUCGACGCACAUAUAGCUUCAGUGUUUGUGCAAAACUAUGGUUCCAUCUAUCAAAGUUUGGCCGAACUGAGAAAACGGGUUGGGUGGGAAAAAUUCAAUCCAAAGAGAAUAUUAGACGUCGGGUAUGGACCUGCUACUGGUAUUGUCGCUCUCAAUGAUUUAAUGGGGAAAGAUUUCAAACCGGAGCUCAAGGAAGCCGUCAUUCUAAGUAGCUUAGAAAUGCAAAAGAGGGCUAAGAUUAUCCUAAGUCGACAGCUGAAUGAGAUAGUGGAUCCCGUCUCAACAGAAGCAAAAUCAAAGGAAGAAAUGGAAUCGAACGAUGAUGACCUAGUCGAGGGAAAAGAUUUAAUUGGGGCAGUUAUGACGAAGAAGAUAAAAAUUAAAACUAAACUGAGCAAAUCGAUUCCCGGAUCCAGUCAGUAUGAUCUUAUAAUCUUGACUCAUCAGUUAUUGAAACAUGAAGAGCGUUUUCCUAUUCAGAUUGACAGUAAUUUGGAACAUUACCUGAAAUUGCUUUCGCCAGGAGGUCACAUUGUGAUCAUUGAGCGCGGUAAUCCAUUAGGAUUCGAGACAAUUGCCAGGGCAAGGCAGGUUAUGAUCAGGCCUGAGAACUACCCUGAUGAGCAUGGUAAGAUUCCAAGACCUUAUCAAAGAGGUUCGGCCGCUAUGCUAGCCGAUUUGCGUGAGUCCAAUGGUAAUGAGACUAAUGAAGAAGCAAAGAAGAUAAUGGAAGAGAUAACAUCGCGGUACGGGGAGAUUGAACCACAGGAUCUGGAGUUUGAACCAGAAAUUUUGCGAGAAAUGGAGAAAAACUCACAUCCCGAACAAAGUUACCAUUUGAAGAUCAUAGCGCCCUGCCCCCAUCAGAGAAGGUGUCCACUGCAAGUUGGUAAUCCUAGGUACUACGAGUAUGAGGAAGGAAAGAGAUUGAAAUUCUGCAAUUUCCAAAAAUCCAUUAUGAGGCCUAAAUUCACUAUUGAGUUAAAGAAGGGCAAAGUCUUAGCAACACCCUGGCAAGAACCUACAGAUGGCGUGGGAAAACCUGGACUUGCAAAAGCUGGAACCGGAAGACCCAAUGGACGUAAUUAUGAGAUUUUGAAUUAUUCUUACCUAAUUGCGGAAAGAGCGCUCACAGACAUUGAGACAAUAUCAGAAAUUGAUCGACAGCGCCAGGAAAGCAAAGCGCUUUAUGACGUAGGAUCUUUAGGUGAUAACACAGAGCAGACGUGGCCUCGUAUAAUUAAUCAACCAAUUAAGCGGAAAGGCCACGUAACGUUUGAUCUGUGUGGGUCAUCUGGCCAGCUAGAGAAAUGGGUGAUACCGAAAUCCUUCAAUAAAGAGAUUUAUCACGAUGCCAGAAAGGCAUGUAAGGGAGAUUUGUGGGGCUUGGAGGGGAAGACGAAGAUGAGAGGAGCAGCAGCUUUGAAAGUUGAAAAGUUCGAGAAGCUGGAGAAAGAAAGGUUGAAAAAGAUCAAAAGAGAUCUAAAAAAGCAGGACAGAGAAAUUAGCAGGAAGUAUAAUGAGAUACAGGUUGAACAGAGCGCUCGUAUAGAAGAUGAGGUCGAGAAUCUAGCCGUGAUCUUCGGUCAUGAUUUUACCACAGAUUCAAAACGGAAGGAUAAAUUAUACAGCAAGAGAAAGCAUGAUAUUAACGAUCAACUGUGA